UUUCGUUCUUCCUGUGCUGCUCUCGCUGUCUUGCGAUAGUCGCCGAGCUAAAAGCGCGCGAUCGCAGUGGCCCAGCGCAGAGAUUAGCAGCGGCAGUAGCAGCGCCAGCGAUCCAGACUCCAGAGGCAGCGAUCAGAGUGAGAGCGAGAGAGAGAGGGAGGAGCGAGCGAGUGAGCGAGAGCGAUGAAGUGUGUGAAUGAGGGCAGUACGCACGUCGCGGAUUCGCCAGGGGGGAGGAGCUGCGAGAAGAACAAGGGAGGAGGAAGAUCAAGAGGAGGGCUUUCUUUCUGGCAUUCAAAGAUGUGAUCUUUCUACAGGUGAAAAUCACUGCUUGUGACGCUCAUCACUCCCAUUUUCUUCCAAAUCUCUCUUUUCUUUCCUUCUUCUUCCCUUUGUCCCUCCUUCGCUUCUGCUGCAAACAACAACGCCAUCCUUGCUUGUCCCAGCCUUUGCCGGAGGCUUGUCCGAGCUUCUUAAUUUGGUUUGCGUUGUUGACCCAAUCAAUCCAUCCGUCACCCUUGCUCUUCCCAUUUUUUCUCGUCUCGCCAUCGAUCAAUCAAUGCCAUACUGGGUGAUCAGAUAGAUGCAUAGAUUUAAGCUUUGCCACUUAUGGGAUCACCGACGAAAUAUCAGCUUUUCCUUUUCUUCUUUCCACUCCGGCUUUGGCGAGCUGCCUGUCAAUUGAUCUAACGUUGGCCACUGCUGCUGUGCUCCAAGGAUUCCAUUCCAUCACUGUUAUGAGCUGAGCUGAGGAUUGGAGCCAGCAUUCUUUUCUCUCGCUCUCUUUUCUCCGUUCUUCCAUCAUUUCCUUCCACACUGCUGCUCGACAACUUGUCACGGCUUCCUUGGCUUCUCGAGUGUUCCGUUCUGCGGCACUCCAGCGCGUUUGUCGAUUUGUCCAUAACCUCCGAGCCCAGACUCCAUCCAUAGCUAUACAAAAAGCUUCCACUUUCUUUGAUCAUCUCUCCAUUUCUUUCUCGAGAGCUUCCAUCUUUUCCCUCGGCCAGUUGCGAACAACUAAGGCAGCUAGCAGACAAAUGUGGAAGCUUUAAGGAUUGACAAGGGCCUAUCUGGUUUUUCUGGUUUUGUACAACAAUCCAUCGCUCCCACAGCAAAGAAAUGCCGAAUUCUCCUCCUCCUCCUCCAAACAUCUUCCAACAGUCCUUCCAGCCAAACCAGCGAAUGGGAUUCUUGAGAGUACUGCUGGGACUGGGACAGUGGUAGCGAAAGUUUUCUCCAUUUCCUAUCUUUAUAAUCUCUCUGGCUAUGGAGGACAGGAUGAUGGAGAGAUAGCCUCGUCGAGAAGCAGCAUAAAAGUGAAAAAAAAGAGACAAGAAACCUUUGAGAAACGAGAUCCUAGGAAGGAGUUCUAAGGAAGAAGAUGAUGUUGGACCUUAACGAGGCACCGCUGCUAGCGCUUGGAAGUGGCGGUGGUGGCGGUGGUGGCGGCGGUGCCAGUGGUGGAGCGGAAGCUCCUCUCGCUGCCUCGAACGAUGGAAAGCAACAGCAACUCCUCGGUAGCAGUAGCGUGAUAACUCCGCGAGCUGGGAAUCAAGGCGACAGUAGUUUGUCCACCAGGCGGCCAAGAGCUUCUUCGUCUCCAGGAUCAUCCGUGGAUGUCACGAUUGGCCUCGCGGCUGGAUCAGCAGUAGCAGCAGCAGCAAAUCUUCCACUAUCCAGUGCUUGCGAUCAAGUGGAGACCUCGCAAGUCAAUUCCGGUACGUCGAGCUCCGCGGUGGUGACGGUGGCCACAACGGGGGGCGGCGGAGGAGGAGGAGCUCGGCUGGAGCUCCGUGCCGGCGCAGCCACGGAGUCCGGCAGCUCCGAGGAUUUCGAGGAGGCGUCCAGCAAAGCAGUGGAUCCGGAGCUGGAGGUGUUCGAGGAGAUCGAUGGCGCAGUGAAGCGACAAAGAACCGCGGUUUUGUUCUUCGAGUCGAGAACCACUGCUGGCGGUGGUGGCGAGAGUGGUGGCGGCGGUGGCGGCGGCGGCUCCGCUGUGGAGCGGAAUUGCGCUAUAUUCGUGUCGUCUCCCUCGGAAUCCAGCGAUGAGAGCUGCAAGAUCCUGGGAGUUGGAGGUCACGCUGGAAGUGACGCUACUCUCAUCGGUGUUAGCGAUGGAUUCCAAUGCAAGGACAAGGCGGCGCUCAUCACACGCCAGCUCUUUCCACUCGAGUCGUCGACGUCUCCUUCGACACACGCCGCCGCCACCACGGCGGCGACGCCGACUGGAGCAGCGAGUGUCUAUGGAUUCGGCGCUGGGAGAUCCUCCCCGUGGAUGGGAUUGGAGUUCCAUCAGCGAGCUUCGUCCGAGACCUCCGGACGACUGAGCGAUGUGUGUCAACCGCCAAAGAAGAGCCGGCGUGGCCCGAGAUCGCGCAGCUCCCAGUAUCGCGGAGUGACGUUCUACCGGAGAACUGGGCGAUGGGAGUCUCAUAUCUGGGAUUGCGGAAAGCAAGUGUACUUAGGUGGUUUUGAUACAGCUCACUCAGCUGCCAGAGCCUAUGACAAAGCUGCUAUCAAAUUCCGAGGACUGGAUGCUGACAUAAAUUUCAGCCUGAGUGAUUACGAAGAUGAUAUCAGACAGAUGGCACACCUCUCGAAGGAGGAAUUCAUUCACAUCCUGCGUCGUCAAAGCACCGGCUUCUCGCGAGGGAGCUCGAAGUUCAGGGGCGUAACACUUCACAAAUGCGGCCGCUGGGAGGCGAGAAUGGGACAAUUCCUCGGGAAGAAUACGUUUUCCUUCUUUCAAAGGUACAUAUACCUGGGACUCUUCGACAGCGAGGUUGAAGCUGCAAGGGCAUACGAUCGAGCCGCGAUUCGGUGCAAUGGAAGGGACGCUGUGACGAACUUCGAUCCCAGCUCGUAUGAGAAGGAGGGUCAUACGGAAGGAAGCGGCGUGAGCAGUGAGAGCUUACAGCUUGAUCUUGGGAUCUCGCUCUCAAGCCCGUCUGAUCAAAGGCCAGCAGUCGAGGGAGGAUCAGACGCUUGGAAGCGAGUGAACUCCUCGGAGACUGGAUUGAACUGGCCGGCGGCCGAAGCUCCUUAUCGCGGCAGCAUAGAUUCAACGUAUCCUUCAUCGCAUCUCGGCCAUCUCCACGAUUCCUCCACGAGCAAGGAUCAUCACCAAGUUACAUACAGGCUCGAGGACCGGAAUCGCUUGUUCUCACCCCUGCAAGAACACCAUCUUCCCCAGCAGCAGCAGGAGCAGAAUCACACUCACCACCUCCACCACCAACACCAGCAGCAUCUAAGUUGGAACUUACAUCCGGAUCACCACUCGGCCCUCCGGAGCUACAGCGCUCCCGGACCCGGAUUGUCAGCUCCGACUCCAGCUCUAGCUCCAGCUCCAGGCCAUAGUUUUGUAGCUCCAUCAGUGGCAUUUGGAAGCUCGCAGCAGCACCAGUGGAUCGGUGGCCACCCCGCGGGAUCGUUCGCCGCCACUCCAGUGUUCCACCACCACCACCACUUUCAGGUAUGCAGUGUAGAGUUUCCCCGCGAAGUUAACCAUUCGUUGGCGUUAGGCCACACAGCAACCGGGUGAUCUUGCCAACAAUACCCACAGAACCUUGUACCAUAGCUCAUAGGAACACUGAGUUUUGCGUGUAGUAGUCUAAGUGUGAGUGUGUGGUUUUGUUUUGCAAUAAGCAAAGGUGGUGGGGGCAUCUAACAGAAUAUCCGAGCCAUUGACUUUGACCAAGACCGACUUUAACUAUUUUGACCUUUGACCCAA